UGGGAAGAUCUAUCAUUGAUGUUGGUGAAACAGUCGUCCACAGUCUGGUCUCGCGUUUGUCUAAGGUAGAUCUCAUCCGACACGUGACGAGGGAACUACGUCAUCUAUGGCCUUGAAGCUCUAGCUCUUUAAAUGAGAUAUAUCUGGGCCUGCUUGCGCUAUCAAAAUCUGAGCUUGGGAAGCAAGAAGCAUUCACUACCUGGACAAUUCUUACAAGAAACGGCUCGCUUUGGACUGUACGUUGGUGCGCAUCGGUCCUCGGCUUUCGUGACGAUCCGACGCAAGCCGAGCCUACCAUUUACCCCAGACUCCAGAGUCGCCAACAACUCUUCGUCCUCUGACCUCUCCAACAUCCGCACACAAUCGCCAAAAUGGCCCCAAGAACUAUCCUCGCCCAGGCGCCCAAGACACGCGGCUUUCUGCGCCGCCUCUACGCCACCACGGCCACCAACCAGCCUCUCAUCACCGUGACGAACCUCCCCUCGCCAUCCUCCGGGCACAUUCGCGUGCUCGAGCUCAACCGCCCCAAGGCUCGCAACGCCAUCUCAAAAGACCUCCUGUCCGUCCUCCGCGCCGAGAUUGACGACAUCCACGCGCAAUAUGGCGCCAAUGGCGUCGAAAACGCGUCCUACAACGCAGGCGAGCUUGGGCCAACCAGGGCGCUCGUCCUCGCGUCGGCUGUCGACACCUGUUUCUGCGCAGGCGCCGAUCUGAAGGAGCGCAAGGGCUUCACGCAGGAGGAGACGGCGCAGUUCCUGGGCAACCUGAGGGGCACCUUUUCGAACUUGGCUGCUCUGCCCAUCCCUAGCAUCUCCGCCAUUUCGAGCCUGGCGCUUGGUGGAGGACUCGAGCUCGCCCUUUCGACGACCUUCCGUGUCUUGUCCUCGAAUGCGACGGUGGGUUUGCCAGAGACGCGGUUGGGCAUCAUCCCUGGUGCGGGUGGCACAUAUCGUCUUCCUGGCAUUAUCGGUCUGGCUCGCGCGAGGGACCUCAUCCUCACGGGCCGACGUGUGGCCGCACCAGAGGCGUACUUCCUCGGCAUCGCAGAUCGUCUCGUCGAAGUCGUCCCAGAGGAAGGCCAAGAGGGCGCGGAGGUUCUCACGUCCGCUCGUAAGGCAGCGCUGAGCGAGGCUGUCCGGUUCGCCCAGGAGAUCUGCGAGGGAGGCCCCGUUGCCAUUCGUGCGGGUUUGGAGGCGGUUGCGUGGGCACGAGAAGAGAAGGAGAAUGAGAUGUACAAGCGGGUUAUCAACACUGAGGACAGGGAUGAGGCAUUGAAAGCGUUCGGGGAGAAGAGGAAGCCAGUGUUCAAGGGUAAAUAAAUAACACGGUCAUGUGAGGAAAAGAAUUACGAUAUGUAUCAUAUAGUUGUUGAAAUCAUGUCUACCGAGCUUCGAUGGACACGAGGCAAAGAUACUAGUCUGAUUACCGGAAACUCAUCGCUGUCUUGAACCAAACACCAGGAGCUUGCCGGUCAAAUCAUCCCAAUCUAACGCCCCAAGCCUAACUUUUCAUAUCACCACAACGCCUAUAUUCAGAACCCAUAGCCAAUGCGCUAUCCUUGAAGUAAAAUCCUUGAAGUAAAAUCAAACCCAAGUGGAUGGAU